AUGGCGCCACCUGCGAUCUCCACCAUCAUCAACAAUUCCGGCGCCAGCGAUACCAGCGAUGCCAAUGCUACGAAACUCACGGCGUCAAUAUUACCCCUGGAAGCGGGUCUCUUGAGGAAACUCGAGGCACCCCUCGCUGACCUCCCCGGCAUCGCGAGGGCUUUCGAAGUGGUAUACCACGACCUCGCUCUAACGGCCCCGGACCAAUUCCUGCCCACGCCCGUUCGCGCGCUGCCGACUGGGGAGGAGAAGGGCAGGUUCCUGGCGCUGGACCUCGGCGGCACGAAUUUGAGGGUUGCGGUGGUCUGGCUGUGCGGCGGGGAUGGGUUGAAGGUUUGCGCGCAGGGGAGUUGGAGUAUCCCCGAGCAUUUUAAGAGUGGGGCUGCCGAGGUGUUGUUCCGCUGGGUCGCGGACAGGAUUGGGGAUGUGGUUAGGGAGUAUUUGGCUGAUGUGGGGAGCGAGGAGAGGAAGAGGAUUCUAUUCGAGGGGAUGGAGUUGGGAAUUACCUUUAGUUUUCCGAUGGAGUAUGUUCACUUUCUCUAUUCUGAAGGGUUUCUACUGACGGGGUUGAGAGGAAUGUUAGGCAAACUACCCAUGAUUCGGCACUUUUAAUGCCAAUGGGUAAAGGAUUCACUUUCACGACCACGAAUGACCUCUCGAGUCUUUUAAAGACAGCCUAUAAUGAUCUCCUCUUGACCACCACUCCCCCCGCAUAUCCCCUCCUAAAGCUAGACAUCGUGUCCAUAUCCAACGAUUCAAUCUCAACUCUCCUCUCAGCAGCCUACCUCCACCACUCAACGGAAAACACCCGCACAGCAGCAGGCAUCAUAGCGGGCACAGGGACAAACGCAACUUGCCUCUGCCCCGUCUCCAAGCUCCCAGCGCCGAAGCAGCCAACGUCGGGCCCAAGCACAGACGCCAUCCUGCUGAACACGGAAUGGAGCAUCCGCGGCACCGCACCCCCGCUGAAACCGUAUACCACAACCUGGGACGUGCAACUAGACCUCGAGAACGAGAAACCAGGCUUCCAGCCCUUCGAGGAAAUGGUUGGGGGGAGGUAUCUUGGCGAACUGGUACGCCUCGUUUCUCUGGACCUCCUCUCCUCGGACGUACCAAAAUCGCAGCUCCCGGAAAAGAUGAGGCUCCGCUACGGCCUUGACACAAGGCUCUGCAGCGAGGUGGAAGCCUCGGUAAACGACGACGAAGCACUCUCCCUGCUGCGGGAUUACUUCGGCCCAUACACCUCAUCCACUACCCCCGCCGCCACCACCGCCGAGGACCCAAAAGAGUGGAAGUGGGACCUAUCCUCUGCCGCCAGCUUCCGCCGUAUAUCGACCGCCGUAUCAACACGCGCCGCGGCACUCGUCGCCGCAGCCACUAUCGGCGUACUCGGCGUCAACGACGAGCUAAAGCGCCACGCCGAGAAGGAAGUACUGGUUUGCUACACCGGCACCGUACUGGAAAAGUACCCAACGUUCAGAGAGCGCUGUGAGGGGUUCAUGAUGGAGGUUGUCGAGCGCUGGGUCGUCGAGGGCAGGAUCCCACCCGCGCCUAGCGGUAAGAGACGGGUUGUGAGACUGGUCGAGGCGAAGGAUGGGGGCAUUGUCGGCGCGGCAGUGUUGGCUGGGAUGGUUAAAGAAGGGAGAACUUGA